AUGCCUGGACAACCACUUUCAAACAAAUCGUCCGAGAACCACUCCAAGGACUACUUCUCUCUCUUGGGGGGCCAUCAGCAUCCCUCCGCCAGGCAGUCUGGCUCACGUGCUUCUAUAGGAUUCCUAAUCAACGGAUCCAUCCAGCCUUACAACAACGAGCCGAGGAGCGAUCCAUCGCCUGUCAUGGUCAGUCAGAAUGACAGACAGACUACCAUGCACAUUCCUAGCCGCCCCUCCUCCCAGCUGCCGGAUCGCUCAAUUGCUAGACUUGCCGGUCUCAACGGGGUCAAUCAGAUCGAUUCUGCUUCGCAGCCCAAGAGUUGUUCGACUCGUCUAACCUCGUCUGGGAAGUUCCCUCCUAUAAACACGCACCGGGCCACCAUGUCUUUUUCCUCGUUGGCGGAAUCCAACGAUGAAAAUAUGUGGGACCGGGGACAUCGCCGUGAGCAUAGUCAUUCGACCUAUGUCACCAGUGUCUUGUCACGAAGAGGGUCUGGAAGUCAAGACCAUGAAAAUGCUCCAGUCGGCCACAGCCAUCAAGAAGGGCUUGUCCAUGCUCCCAGUCAUGAACUUCCUGGGCUUUAUCCUGACCGCAACACUGGCCGCCUUCGACUGACAGAAGUCGAGGAACAGUUUCGUGGGCUGCAAAUAAAAAGUCCAGCAGAUCCAUCGAGCAAUUGUCGGCGUUUCGUAAUACCAAAUCCUGGCUUUCCCGGCUCGAACAAGACUUCCUCUCUGAGGCCACUUGCGGUGGAUUUCAUCCCGAUGAGCCGUCCUCCAGCCAUGAAGCUCGCGCAAGGAUCGUCUUCGGCCAGCCACUUCCAGCCCCCUGCUGAGAUGAAUCGCCCGACCUUCUACAACUCGACCAACUACAAGGGCAAUCCAAGGCUGCCAGGUAACCAGUCGGCAGACAUCCCGGAAGCAAAGUCUUGUGCUCUGUGGAUUACAAAUCUCAAUCUGCAGCCCGAGCUUGAAUACAAGCAGCUUCUCAGUGCCAUUCACGAUUGCGGCAAAGUUUAUGCCUGCUACGUAAAUCCUCCCGAUCCCCAGUCAGGCCAUUCCAGCUAUGCCGCAAAGCUGGUCUUCUUCGAUGCGCGCGGUGCCAGGGAGCUCCACUCCCGCGCAGCCAGGGGCGAGUUCGUGGUCAACGAAUAUGUUCCCGUGGUCCGUUACAACCGCAUCCGCACCGCAAGCCAGCCUCAAGGUCCGGAGUGCCGUGUGCUUCACAUCGAGGGUCCAUCCGAUAUCAUCUCGCAAAAGGAUCUGGACUGGCUCUUUACGGGAAAUUUUCAAUUCGAGGUUGAGAACGUCAGAGUCUUGAACGAGGAGCAUGGCCGCCGACGACUGGAGUGGCGCUUUGGUUCCUACCGCUGUCAGGCCGCAUCGGCCAAGAAGCUUAUUGAGGAGCGCCGUCGUUCAGCGCGAUUGGACCCGGAGUCGCCUCUGGGCAACUGGGCACAGGUCUAUGUGUACUACGGCGUCGAUCCUUGCGCCCCAGACAUGAGGUCCGACAAGCCGUCCCUCUCCUUCGACUAA